CCUCCGCGCUGUCUACUUAUGACAUCUCAACAGCAGCUUUCUGACAGCUGCCGGAGAACCAGAGACCUGCUCACCUUAACACGGGACGACCCGGGUUAGACUCUCCUCCUCUCUGUCUGCAGGCUGACCUCACUCACACACAGCCGGAGAACCAGAGACCUGCUCACCUUAACGCGGGACGACCCGGGUUAGACUCUCCUCCUCUCUGUUUAACACCGUCACUGACAUCAAACAGAGACACAAUGACAGAAGGCGGGAAUCACGCAGCAGGAGAAGGAGACACGGUGAAGGAUGAGGAGAAGCAGGAGAAGCAGGAGGAGGAAGCAGCAGGAGAACGGGGACAGCAGGGGGCCGUGCAGGAGCAGCCCUCGGGCCCCGGAGCAGCGCAGGAGCAGCAGGAGGAGCAGGAGGAGCAGGAGGAGCAGUUCGUCCACCCUGAGGGAGGCUGGGGCUGGGUGGUGAUGCUGGCCGCCAUGUGGUGUAACGGAUCCGUGUUCGGGAUCCAGAACGCGUUCGGGAUCCUCUUCCUCUCACUGCUCAGAGAGUUCGGAUCAGAGACCGACGACGACCUCCGCUUCAAGACAGCAUGGGUGGGCUCCCUCUCCAUGGGGAUGAUCUUCUUCUGCUCUCCCAUCGUCAGCGUCUUCACCGACAUCCUCGGCUGCAGAAUAACGGCAGUGGGCGGCGCUGCUGUCGGCCUGGUCGGCCUGCUGGCCAGCUCCUUUGUCAAGUCCCUGGGCCCCAUGUACUUCACCUAUGGCAUUGUGUUCGCCUGCGGCUGCUCUUUCGCCUACCAGCCCAGCUUGGUCAUCCUGGGCCACUACUUCAAGAAGCGUCUGGGUCUGGUGAACGGCAUUGUGACGGCCGGCAGCAGCAUCUUCACCAUCACCUUGCCCUUCGCUCUGUCGCACCUGCUGGAAAAAGUAGGCCUUCAGAACACCAUGCGAGUCCUCUGCAUCCUCAUGUUUGUGCUGAUGCUGGCCGGCCUCACCUACAAGCCCCUGCUGCCGGUCAAAUCCAACAAAAGCCGCACAGGCAGCCGAUGCCCACCCAUGAGCCAGAUCUUCAACCUCAAUAUCUGGAAGUCCUUGGGAUAUCGCAUUUGGGCCUUCGGCAUCCCCGCAGCCCUCUAUGGCUACUUUGUGCCUUAUGUUCACCUGAUGAAGCAUGUGGAGGAGCGCUUUGGAAAAGAUGCCAGUAAAGAAGUUCUGCUCAUGUGCAUCGGCAUCACGUCCGGCGUGGGCCGUCUCAUCUUCGGCAGAGUGGCGGACUAUGUUAAUGGAGUCAACAAAGUCUACCUGCAGGUGACCUCCUUCUUCGUCAUCGGCGUCAUGUCCAUGAUGAUCCCUCUGUGCAACAUCUUUGGCGGGCUGAUCGCCGUGUGCCUGCUGAUGGGGCUGUUUGACGGCUGCUUCAUCUGCAUCAUGGCCCCCAUCGCCUUCGAGCUGGUCGGGCCCGACGACGUGUCCCAGGCCAUCGGCUUCCUGCUGGGCCUGAUGUCCGUGCCCAUGACCGUGGGACCCCCCAUCGCAGGUUUCCUGAGGGACAGACUGGGCAGCUACAACGAGGCCUUCUACCUGGCAGGUAUCCCCCCGAUCAUCGGAGGAGCCGUGUUGUGUCUGAUUCCCUGGGUGGAGGCCAGGCGCAAGAGGAGGGAGAAGGAGGAGUCGCUGUCCAGGGAGCAGGAUGUCACCGAGAAGAUGAUCGGGGGCGAGAAGGCCCUGGAAGCCGCUCAAAGCAAAACCGGAGAGUCUGUCCUCUAAGUGCCCCUCCUACAGACUAUAAAGAGAGACACGCGGGGUCAGACUGAGACUGCUGAGUACCGAGAUACAGUAUGAGUUAGAUUGCCUUCAGUAGGAGAACAUGCCAAAGUGAUGAAACAUAUCAGGUUGAGUUCAGCUUAUUGUGAAUUUAAUCCUGAAGAACUAUGCAUUAGAUUGUUUGACUGAACUAAUCUUACAACAGGCAAACUUGAAGUGUAAAGUGGAAAUUGAGACCAUUUUUUUUUUU